AUGUCAAGUUCAUUAGAAAGCUAAAUAUUAUUGGCCAUAUGGACUAUGUAUUAAAGAAAUCAGAUAUCUAUGGAGUAAAAAGGAUGCAUAAAGGGUAAUUCUAGAAAUUUAUAAAGAUUUGUUAAUUAGAAAGGAUAAUAAUUUAUAUUAAAGUAUUUGUAAUUGCAAAAGAUAAGAUUAAAUUGAAGAAAGGUUGCUUGAAAUUUUGAAUUGUAUAUAUUUUUAAUUUGGUUUGAUUAGGGUUCUCCAAGAGACCUAGAUACUGAAGAAAAUAUAUAUCCAAUUUUCAGAUUGAGCAAUUAAUCGAGUUCUCCAACUACUAUUUAAUCCCAAUGUCAUUAUCCUGAAAAAAGAUUUAGAUUUAAGAGUUCAAAUAAUGAAAGUGAUACUUCUUAGAAUUCUCAUAGGAUUCGAUCAAACUCUUAACAUCACAAAUGAAUU